AUGUCGGGGGGCGUCGCUCGCGGCCGCCUCACGGAGGAACGGAAAGCAUGGCGUAAGAAUCACCCCCAUGUCUGUAAUCACUUCCCUCUCCAUGACGACGUCCCCAUCCAUCAUUGUUUUUCCGAGAGACCCCCGUUUUUCUCGUUUGAUUCAGUCGUGAUUUGUGUUCUUUUUUCGCUGAUCUGAUGUUUACUGAUGUUUUUCUGUCCCCUGCAGGGGUUUGUGGCGAGGCCAGAAACCUUGCCGGAUGGAUCGGUGAAUCUGAUGAUUUGGCAGUGUCUCAUCCCCGGCAAACAGGGUGUAAGCCUUCUUUACUCCGAUAUUUCCCUUAUCAGGUCGUUAUUUCGUGCCCCCUCUCCCACGUCAUAAUCUACUAGUGGCUCUAUUUCCUGGUUGUUUUCCAGACGUUAAUUUCGACCUCAAUCUUUGGUUAGGGUAUGGGUUUUUUUUGGCUGGCGUUGACUUUUAAGAAAGUAAAUAGGAAGUAAGAAUAAUGCAUCGAAUUUUUGUAUCUCCUUGAACUUUUUUAUGAUGUCGGAUGAGUCUGAAGAGCUUUUGCGUUUCAUAGUUCAUGUGGGAUAUAAGUGGAGUCUUUUAAUGUUGAGAAAAAUCCCACCCUUCCGACUUUUUGAAUGUAAGGAUAUCACACAUCUCGGGGAGUUAAUUCCCUCCUUGAGGUUUGGCGUUUAAUUUUCUGGUUGGGAGUGAUGAUAGAUUGAUAUAAGAGAAAAAAUGGAGGCUGUUCUUUAAAUAUUCUCUUUUUAGUUGAUGUAUGCCAAUGAUUAAUGUCCACUUUAUUAACUCAUCUCUCUUAAUUUUUUACGUUAUUCAAUAAUUUUGUGAGUUAUCUCUCAUGUUUUCCCUUUCUUUUUAUUUUAUCUUCAAGGUUACAGCUUUGUGUUGCUGUUCCUUAUAAUAGUUGAUUAUUCCAUCCUUCAACGUGUGUACAGGGCUUUUGAACAGAGCCCCUAGUGACUCUAUAAAAUGUGGAUGUGUUGUUUUCUGUUGAGCUGACUUCUACAUCUAGACAUCAGAUUGACUUGGCGUGUAUUUAAUUGUACUCAAUCAAAAGCAGUUGCUAUAGGAAGUUUUUGCAUGGUUUGGUGGCUUGGAGUGAUUAUUCAUUAAAAUGUAAAUCAUUUUUUAGAUGUUGUGACCUGGGUCCAACACAUUCCAUUUUCAAUCUGAUAAUAAGCUAUUCAACCUUCACCGUUUCUCCAUAGAGAGAGCAUCUAAAUGAUCAGGAAUGGAAUAAAUUAAUGCCAGAAAUGGCCUACACUAUUCUAUUACCGUUUCAUUCGCAUAGAGGCAUCAGAAUCUACUAAAGAACAAGCUAGUAGGAGGAAGAGAAACAUGCCGGCCUGUGUGAUCUCUCCUGAUUCGUUUCCUGAACUCAUAGUCUUGAUGUUGAUUUUACGAAUUACCACUUUUUUGAAAUUGAGUUAGUUUUUAAUAAUCUUGAGUCAUCACUUGACAUUUCUAUGAUCAUUUGUGCCCCCUCUCUUAAAGAGAAUAUAGAUCUGCCUGACCCUAAACCAUGUUUGCCGAAAGAUAAAGUUGGAAACGUUUGUCAUUUAUGUUUCAUCUAUGUUCUAGUCUUUCCUUUGAUAUCCUGACAGAAAAUUCCGGAUAAUAGACGUUAACUUUGGAGAAGAGAAAAUGAAAGAGUUUUUCUUGGAUUUUAUUGUGCUGAACUGACAAUGUUGUUUGCUUCCCUAUGUGGAGAGGCGAGUCACAGAUAGACGCAUAAAACAUAGAGAAUGUGCAAGUACAAGAAGUCCAAAGUAAACAUUUACCAUGUCAUCUAAUACUCAUUGCACUGUCACGGUAUGACUGUAUCAAUUAAAGGGAAAAGGAAGUCAGAAAAAAAUAAAACCAAUGGAUGAAUAACAUAAAAUUACUGUCAUGUAUGUAGGAUAUCAGAGAAUGUGAAGAGCUACAUUAAGAGGAGAGAAUUUUCAACACUAUAACUUUCCACCAGUUGUAACUUGUAUAGUUGCACAAGUUUCCACUUAGAUAGUGCAACUUCCAAGGUGCAGAUUUUCUUUUUGUCCAUUGACUGCAUCAGACUUAAGCCACCUCCACCCAAAACUAAAAAAAGGCAAUAUCUAGGCCAUAGACUUAGCCGUGGUCUUUGGCAAAUGGAGUGCAUUACAAUUCUCAAUUCCGAGGUUGACAACCUAUUCUUGUGGUAUGAGAUAGAUAUGCAUCUUAAGGAAACACUCUUUUUUCUUGAGGUAUCAAAAAAUAAAGAAGUCAUUUUGAUUAUUUGAACAUAUUUUGAGCAAACGUGCCUCAAGAACCUUGCUUUAGUUAUUUUGAUUGAGCUUUGACAGUCGCAUAUGAUCAUUCCUUUGUUAAACAUCCGUGUGCAUUAGGUUUGUGUAUAACCCUUGAAAGCUCAAUACUUGCAGACUGAUUGGGAAGGUGGUUACUUCCCCAUUGCUCUGCAUUUUAGCGAAGAUUAUCCCAGCAAGCCACCAAAAUGCAAGUUCCCUCAGGGUUUCUUCCAUCCCAAUGUCUACCCAUCAGGGACCGUCUGCCUUUCAAUCCUCAAUGAGGACAAAGUACGAUAUCUCUCUCAGCUUCUUUCAUAUCUUUAAAAGAUCCUCGAGUCACGGGAGUCAUCUCCUCUAUGUCCAGGGUUGGAGACCUGCGAUCACUGUGAAGCAGAUUCUUGUGGGAAUACAGGAUUUGCUGGAUCAGCCAAAUCCUGCCGACCCUGCACAGACUGAGGGAUAUCAGCUCUUCAUACAGGUUCCUCUCGUUACACAGCAUCUUCCCAAGUCUCUAUAUAUUCAUUCCGAUGCUGGCUUAUCUCAAUUGGAAUUCGCAGGAUCCAACCGAGUACAAGAGACGGGUCCGUCUGCAGUCCAAGCAGUACCCCUCCCCCGUCUAG